AUGCCACAGCCUACAGAAAUUGUUGAACUGGGUGGAGGAGGAAAUGCUUCAAACGGUAGAACUCAAACUAUCCAUCCAAUCAGUUCAGAACUCUUAGAUCGUCGUGUUCAAAUUCCGGAUGAUCCUGAAAAGAAAGGAUUCAGUUUUCGAAAACUUUGGGCCUUCACAGGACCAGGGUUUUUGAUGAGCAUUGCUUAUUUGGAUCCGGGUAAUAUUGAAAGUGAUUUACAGUCAGGUGCACAUGCCAAAUAUCGACUUUUAUGGGUUCUUCUAUCGGCACACUUUCUUGGCUUUCUUUUGCAAAGGCUCUCAUCUCGUCUUGGCGUUGUUAGCGGACGACAUAUGGCUGAAGUAAGAAUUAGAGUGAUAGCAAUAAUAACGAUGUUAAUUAGUGAAGUGAUCGGCACUUCAAUCGCUUUCUACUUACUCACAAAUGGAUUUAUUCGUCUGUAUAUCGGUGUAUUAAUAACCGUUCUUGAUACAUUUCUAUUCCUCUUUCUUGAUACGUAUGGAUUUCGUAAGCUCGAAGGUUUAUUCGCAUUUCUUAUCACAACCAUGGCUGUUACUUUCGGUUAUGAAUACAUAACCGUGAAACCAAACCAUUUGGAAGUGUUGAAAGGUAUGGUAAUACCAUGGUGCAGUGGAUGUGGACGUGCCGAAUUCCUUCAGGGCGUUAGCAUUGUGGGUGCCGUAAUAAUGCCACAUAAUCUUUAUUUGCAUUCUGCACUGGUCAAAAGUCGCGAUGUGAAUCGUACAAAGCGUCGAUUAGUCGAGGAGGCGAAUUAUUAUUAUUUUAUAGAAUCGGGUGUUGCUUUAUUGUGUAGUUUCAUCAUAAAUCUUUUCGUUGUAGCUGUUUUUGGACAUGGUCUCUAUCAUAAGACCAAUUUUGAAGUGCGUCAAAGUUGUGAUGCUCGAUCGGGUAUCGCAGAUCGAGAUGCCUUCCCGUACACGAAUGAGACGGUUGAGGCUGACAUCUAUAAGGGUGGUAUAUUUUUGGGUUGCGAAUUCGGUUUGGUUGCUUUAUACGUUUGGGCAGUUGGCAUUUGGGCUGCUGGACAAAGCUCAACGAUGACGGGUACAUAUGCGGGACAAUUUGUUAUGGAGGGUUGUUUGUGUAUUUCCGCAAUGCAAUGGUUCCGAUCACCUGCUUGGGAAAAAAUCCCAGGUUUUCAAUGUGGUCCAGUACAUGAGGAUGCUCCUUGGCAUGAUGAUGUGAUAAACUCACCAGUUACAUUCAAUACGAGCGGCACAGAAGCGCCCUUAUCGAGCAACAAUAGUCGUGGUGUUCAGUUUUGA